CACUUAGCGCCUCGUAGAGGAACGAACUUCAUGUCUCACAAAAAGGCGAGUAACGUUUGUUUUUCACGCCGUUUGUAGUGUGGAUCAUCUCAGAAAUGAUCGCCAGGCGGCUCCCAGCCCGAGGAGAGUCCCGGAGAACCGGGCGAGCCGCUGACAGAGCACAGUCAAUCCGCAGCUCUUUCCUCUUCAGACAGCCACGAUCCGCUUCAUAACUGGAUCAUAAACCUCUGUACUGCUGGAAACCACGCGCUUGUGUUUACGAUUUAAGUGCUGUAUCUCUCCAUUCUUAGAUCCGGUCUGUGACGACAGACAGAUACACAGACAGAGGGUGGGAAAAGUAAAAAAAAAAGUGAGAAAGAAGUACGAAGAAGAACUCAUCUUGCUUCUUCUCGAAAAGAUCGCACAGAUGAAGUGAGAUAGAGAGAAGGUUUGAGACCUUAAGGGAGCAAUGUGACGGCUGGAUUUUAUCUGCAGCUCGCCGGCUACGAUGGACCUCAAAACCAGACAUUGAAUCUCUUCUUCUCAAGACACAAUGGUCAUUGUUUUCUUUCUAGUAGCAUCUGCAACACAACUCGCAAACAAUUCAACAGAGGCUGAUGGCAAUGCGAACCAGGGGCUGCCGACCUCACAGGUCCUGCACUUACUACUGGGGCUCUGCGUCUUGCUUCUCAUUCUGGGCCCGCUGACCUGGUUUUGUCUCAGGUUGAAAAACCAGAGGAAGGCUGACAUCACAGCCAUUGACAAGAAAAUACCAAAUGGGAUUCUGGAAGAACAAGAACAACAGACCGUGGUCUUACUGCCUAGAUCUCCGUCCUCCUCCAAAACAUAUUUCCCCAUCCCCGUAGACAACUUGGAAGAUGAGUAUCGGAUACGCUCUGCCGAUGAUGGAAAACUCUUCCGGGAAGAGUACACUUCAUUACCCGGAGGCUCAACACAAGGAACAUGUGAAGAGGCAAAUAAAGAGGAAAACAAGGAGAAAAACAGAUAUCCAAACAUCUUGCCAUAUGAUCAUUCCCGAGUGAUUCUAACAACCAUCGAUGGAGUUUCAUGUUCAGAUUAUGUCAAUGCGUCAUACAUUGAUGGUUAUAAAGAUAAAAAUAAAUUUAUCGCAGCACAAGGGCCAAAACAGGACACUGUUGCAGAUUUCUGGAGAAUGAUAUGGGAACAGAAAUCAGCCACUAUUGUCAUGCUAACGAAUCUGAAAGAAAGAAAAGAGGAUAAGUGUUAUCAGUAUUGGCCCGAUCAGGGAUGCUGGACAUACGGUAAUAUCCGUGUUGCCGUGGAGGACUUCACUGUACUGGUGGACUACACGAUACGCAAAUUCUGCGUGCAGUAUCAAGGCGCAGAUGGAUCCAAGACGCCCCGUCUGGUCACGCAGCUACACUUCACCAGCUGGCCAGACUUCGGCGUGCCGUUCUCUCCCAUCGGCAUGCUCAAGUUCCUGAAGAAGGUGAAGCAGGUGAACCCCUCAUUGGUUGGACCUAUCGUGGUGCACUGCAGUGCUGGUGUGGGCAGAACAGGAACGUUUAUCGUCAUUGAUGCGAUGAUUGACAUGAUAAACACUGAACAGAAGGUGGACGUGUUUGGUUUCGUGUCAAAAAUACGAGAGCAGAGAUCACAGCUUGUUCAGACAGACUUACAGUACUCAUUCAUCUAUCAAGCUCUUCUGGAGUAUUUUCUGUACGGAGACACAGAGCUCGACGUGUCGUCUCUGGAGGGUCACCUGCAAAAACUUCACAACACCUUUGCCCCCCUUGACCGCGUGGGCCUGGAGGAGGAGUUUAAGAAACUUACGAACAUGCGUAUCCUGAAAGAAAACAUGAGGACGGGAAAUCUACCUGCCAACAUGAAGAAAAACAGAGUCCUUCAGAUUAUUCCAUAUGAUUUUAACAGAGUCAUCUUGUCGAUGAAAAGAGGUCAGGAAUUUACAGAUUAUAUCAACGCAUCUUUCAUUGAUGGGUACAGACAGAAGGACUAUUUCAUCGCCACGCAGGGUCCUCUGGCACACACGGUGGAUGAUUUCUGGAGGAUGGUUUGGGAAUGGAAGUGUCACUCGAUCGUAAUGCUAACAGAAUUACAGGAGAGAGAUCAGGACAAGUGUUUUCAGUACUGGCCCAGUGAGGAUUCGGUGACGUACGGUGAUUUCACAGUGGAGAUGAAAGGAGACGUAUUGUGCGACACGUUCAGUCUUAAAGAUCUGCUGCUUACAUACGGCCCUGACAAACAGACGCGUUUAGUUCGACACUUUCAUUUCCACGCCUGGCCGGAGAUCGGAAUACCAGCCGAAGGUAAAGGAAUGAUUGACAUCAUCGCAUCCGUUCAGAAACAACAGCAGCAGUCGGGCAACCAUCCCAUAAUCGUACACUGCAGUGCUGGAGCAGGUCGGACCGGUACAUUUAUCGCUCUCAGUAAUAUUCUGGAGCGUGUGAAAGCAGAAGGUUUGCUGGACGUGUUUCAGACCGUGAAGAGUUUACGAAUGCAGCGGCCACAUAUGGUGCAGACAGUGGAGCAGUAUGACUUCUGCUACAGAGUGGUACAGGACUUUGUCGACAUUUUCUCAGACUAUGCCAAUUUUAAAUAAUCUAAUCUGCCUUAAACGUUUGAGUUGUUGAAUGCUUUUAUACACGCCGGUCGUUCAGGAUUUUCCACUGCGAUUGGAAGAUAAUUCUGCUCUAUUUUACUAUGCACUUCUCAAUGUUACUAAAAGACCAUAUCUAUCUGUAAUAUAAUAUACUAAGGCUACUAAAGUUUUAAAAACUGUAAAUUGUCUUUAUAACACAUUUAAACAGUUUAUUUUGGUCUCGGAUUGUUUUAUUAUGACAGAUCAUUCCAAUUUCUGCUAUUAUUAUUGUAAAAUAGUGUUUGUUUUUGUUUGUUUGUCUGUUUGUUUAACUAAUUAUUUUAAAUUUUUAAACUAGUCGUUGUAGAAUUUGUAAAGCAGUAGCUGUAAUGUAUUUAUGCGCUCUUGUAGACAGGACAACCUGCGAGAUCAGACAUUUUUUGUGAAUGUUUCAUGAGAUUUUAUUUAUUCAGAGUUAUUGCCUCGCAUUAUAUGAACGAUAUCAUUGUGUCGAAGCAUUGUUUUUAAUCCCUGUCUUUAACAUUGUCUUCAUCAGCCAUAGCAAAUGUGAAUAUUGUUGACAAAGCAGCAAACAUUCCCAUUCGACAAAGGGGCUACUGUAUGUGAGAUUAUUAUUAUUAUUACAAUAUGGCUAAUGAAUUGUUCUCAAGAAAGGCACAAAUGUAAGCAAAAUAUUACAUUUAUAAGAUGAUUUAGCACACAAUAGACAGAUGGAGGAGUGUAUGAGUGUUAGGACCAUUGACCUCCCUGAGAUUUAUCCUGAGAAAAGCUGCAAAGGUUUUUAAAGCACACACAAACACACGACUGAUGUUGCCUUGCACAGGGCCAAUGAUUCCCAAUAAAUGAGCAAAUGCGUUAUAAAACUUUA